AUGGCCAGUCAAAAGACGAGAAUUAAUAACCGGCGAGACCCGCGGGGCAGCGCGGAGGACGCGCCCCGUCCUCCCGGCCCCGGGGGCCUCGCUACGGCGGCGCGGGGCCGGGCAGGCGGCGCGCUCGGGCCUCCAGACCGACGGGAGGGCUUGGUGCACCGGCCGAACUUGGGGCGAGGGUCCGCGGUCCGGGCCUGGGGGCACCGGGAGCUGAGCCCGGGCUGUGGGAACGGGACUCGCCCUCGCGGGCCUGACCUCAGGCCGCAGGCCGCAUAUCGGCUGACACCCGAGUGGCGCAGUUUCCCGCGCAAACGCAGCAGCCCCGCCUGCCACGCGCGCUCCCGCCGACCAGCUCCCGUGGAAGGGGAGGGGCCGCGAGCAGGGGGCGCGCCGCUUCCUGUACGGCCCUGCGCUCACACGCAUCGGGACCGCACGUGGCGCACGGAAGCAGCCCCGCCCCCCGCGCGGCGUCCAAUCCCCGCCAGGCGCGCCCCGGGCCGUGCGUGGACACGCGGUGCGGCAGCGCGCGAGGCUGGGGGCGAGGACCCGCGAGGCCCCGACCCGCACCUGAGCAGUCAGGCCCUCGUGGCGCCGACAGCCCACAGGAGCAGCAUCGCGCACCGGGUUAUUAUUUUUUUAUUAAGAUCAAAAUAUUCGUCCCACCAGGAACUGGCUGUUCUCACAAUAAAUAACAAUAACUUACGUUUUGUUCGGCAAAGGCUCACACGCUCUGUCAUCCGUCGACUGAUAAUUUAAGCAUUUUCAAGAAAUUCUGGAGCAGCUCUGAAAAGUGGUGAAUUCAAGCCAUAUCGAUGGAUGACAGAGAGCUGAAGGGUGUCCGGCA